AUGACGACCACCGCCACCCAGCCGACACCAGCCCACCAGCUGCAGUCUGCCCCCGUCACUUCCUCCACACUUGACACCAACACCAAGAGCAAAGGCUUCGCCGUCCCCCGCGGGCCCGUCACCAGCGAGCUCAACUUCUACCAGCCCCCCACCGACGGCUCCGUCCCCUACAACUGGGUCGAGAAGCAACCCGAAGGCGUGCCGCAGAACAACUUCGGCUUCGAAACGCACGACGUGACCAUCCAGGACGCGCGCGGCCGCGAGCAGGACUUCAAUCUCGACAACAACUCAUUCGCCUUCAUCUCCGGCAUCGAAUCGACCGAGCGCGACUUCGUCGACGACGAGAGCAUCAAGCAAAACUACUACCCAGAAGUCGAGCGCCUCAUCAUCGACAACGUCCCCGGCGCGAACCGCGUCCUCAUCUUCGACCACACCAUCCGCCGCUCCGGGCCCAACGCCAACCGCGCCCCCGUCACCCGCACGCACAUCGACCAGACCCCCGUCUCGGCCCGCAUGCGCGUCGAGCACCACCUCCCCGACGAAGCGCCCCAGCUCCUCCAAGGCCGCUACCGCAUCAUCAACGUCUGGCGCCCGCUCAACGGGCCCGUCGUCGCCCACCCGCUCGCCUUCGCCGACGGCAGCACCUUCCGGGACGAGGACCUCGUCCCCGUCGAGCACCGCUAUCCCACCCGCACGGGCUACACGGCCGCCAUCAAGCACCACCCGGACCAGCAGUGGUACUACCUCUCCGGCAUGCGCAACGACGAGCGCUUGCUGCUCAAGUGCUCCGACAGCGAACGUGCUGACGGUCGUGUGCCGCAUACCGCUUUCGUCGAUCCCAGGACGCCCGAGGGCGCGCCCGGUAGGGAGAGCAUUGAGGUGAGGGCUUUGGUUUUCGGUUAG